UGCGAGGACGUGCCGCCAUCCGCCACCCGUUUCCCGUUCCGCCACGCGUGAUUUUUACGCGAAAGUUCAAAGUUCCGCGGGAAAGUUCCGGGCUACGCACGCCGAUUCCUCCAAGUGUACGAUGAAAGGGAAAAAUCGGUUGUGAUUUUUUUCUCUCUCGGGUGCGGCGUUUUACGCCUGAUUGAUAGUAUGAUUGAAGGUGAUGAUCGGGAUUUCGACCGAAUUUUUUAAGCUCAGUCGUAUGAAUUUGAGACAAUUUUCCACACGGAGAAGCACUGAACGUGUUUCAGGCUUCUACUAGAUUCUUCCCUUGAUUCGCGUCUCAUUAAGGGUGCAAUUUAUGGUGAUGAUCGAUUGUCAACGAACAAUUUUUCAAGUUCGAUGAGCUGAUUGGAAUUUUAAAAAGUCCACUGCUUGGUCUAGUUUCACUCCUGGUUGAUGGCAUAUUUUACGGUGACGAUCACAUGUGAACCAAUAAUUUUUUUUAAAGUAAAUGAUUAAUACUCAAACGGCAUUCCAACAAGUGAUUCUAAGAAGUGAUAGGGCUUCGGAUAGUUUUUUCCACUAGUUUUUGCUCCAAAAAUUGUGCUAAUACCUGUAACAGAGUAAUUUUUUCAAAAUUUUGAAAUGAAAUUGAUUCGACCCAUGCGAGAGAAAAUUUAAAACGUCUCAGACGAAUCAUUUAUGAUUUUGGUUACUAUAAUAUUCAGUUAAUUUAUCCAAAUUUGAGAGUUAUCAACCUAAUCCAUCACUCGAAUCAGUUUUUUUCCCCCUUGUGGUUUUUCAGAUGGGAGGAGAUUCGAUUUUGUUGUUAGUACAUAUACCACUCCAACCGGUAAUUACGGGCAACUAACAGUGUUUCAAUUUUAUUCGGUGAUAUUUCUACACUUCUGACGCACGCACUAAUUUUUCUCAUCAUCAUAGGAUACCCACAUAUUUUUGGACAUCCUACCGUUCAUCAUCCAAACCCAUUCGGAUUUAAGGUCCAGGCCGUCGGACAGCGUACACAAAUAUGUGCGGCGCUAAAAAUUUCAAAACUUUCGGUGAAUGAUGUCUCCAUAGUGCCAUGAGGACUGCUAACUCGAAAGCCUUUUAAGGCCUUUUUAGGCCUUUUCAGGCAUUUUAAUGAGGUGACGCGCAAUUCACACGUUUGCGCAUAACGCGCGACACGUUAGCUUCUCCAGGAGCUGAACUCAUUCCGAAGCAAUGUUGCCUGUUUAUUGUUUCACUCUUAUCUUCACAUUCCUCGUGAUGACAGGAACGAUCAAGUUGGUUGACAGCCUUCGGGACGUGAAGGUGAUCAUUCCGCAGGCCGUUAAAAGGGGCGACAACGCGGUAAUGGAGUGCUUGUUCCACCUGGAAGGAGACUCACUCUACUCGGUCAAGUGGUACAAGGGAAAGCGGGAGUUCUACCGACUCACUCCCAAAGAGAAUCCCAGUAUGAAAGUUUUCCCGAUUGCCAGUUUGCCUGAACUUCAAGUACAAAGAGACAAAUCGAACCAGUCACAAGUGGUGCUAUCUAACGUGGUGCCAAGUUUAUCUGGUAGAUACAGUUGUGAAGUAUCUGCGGACGCUCCAUCGUUUCAUACUGCCAUCGUGUCAGGAGAUAUGAAUGUUGUCGAUCCACCCAAAUCUAGUCCAGUAAUCACAGACGUAAAGGAUAGGUAUCGGGUGGGGGAAGUUCUGCAUGCAACUUGCACGUCCCGAGGGUCCAGACCGGCAGCCAAUCUCACUUGGUACAUCAACGGUGAACAGGCCUCGCGGCACUGGGUUCGGGCGAUGAAAGUGAGCGUUGACCCGACGACAGACCUGGAGACGUCAUCCUCGACGCUGGAGCUGAAGGUGACGCCGCGGCACUUCAACGCCGACGGCGACCUCAAGAUCCGGUGCACGGCCAACAUCCACGCCAUCUACUGGCAGACGACGGAGAGGAGCGCUGAGCAGGAGCUGGCCCGCCACGGCGCCGAUCGCGAUCAUAACCGACACAGGCACGAGUCCCAGGACAAAGCUCGCAGCCCCCAAGACAUCCAGACCAACCAGAUACCCUACCCAACAGCGACCCAGAUGUCAAGCCAAGGAUUCCGCGCGGAGAAUAAUAUUUUUUGCAGCGGCUUCAAUGCUUUCCUAGUCAUGCUGUUUGCUUUCAGAAUCUACUAAUCCGUACUUACUAUCGUCUAAAAUAAGUAGAAUAUUUUAAAAUCAAAUCAAGUUAAAUAUCUACUGAUCGGCAUCCAAGGAAGCUACUUGUCAGUGAAUACUGGUAAUCAGUGUAUAGUACUGCCGUGCUAAGGAAGAGCGCCGUAUGAGCCUUGAUACGUUGCCAAAUUUCCCUGGAUAAGAUACGAAUUUGUAGGAACAUAUGUGAAGAUUCUUUCUCCAAUUUUUCAGAGAAUUUCAUUCGCAACUAGGUCUAAAUUAUCUGAAAGUCUCGAGAGUAAACAUCCACAACUCUCCUCAAAAAUGAGCAUUUUAUAGUCGGAAAUUUGGCAACUCUCGAAUGUUCAUACCGCGUUUUUCCUAAGCACGGCAGUGUAGCUCUCUGCAGCGGCCAUGAACUUCUAAAGCGUGGGGUUCCGUCAUUACAGAAAAAAGAAGUUCGAUCAUUUUCUUUGAAAAUUUAAAUGCUUCUAUUCGUUUUCGACACCGAAAAAUGCUCUUCAAGACAAAAUAGCGUUGUACUGAAACUCAACUUAGGUUAGUCUAAAUUUAUUUCAGAUCAACUCAAACAUGACUUGCUGUAAUUUAGUUUGAUUAAAUUAAUUCAAUUUUUUCUAGACAAUCGCUCUGAAACAGUUGUCACGGGACUUUUAACUUCUGUGGAUAUUGUAUAUUUAUAUAAAUUUAGAUGACUUCUACGAUGGCCCGAUGUCAAUUUUCUGAGUUUAUUCUUUACUUCUUGAAACAUUUUUAAAAACAAAGUUUUGGUCUACUCCAAAUCGCCAGGCAAAAGUAUGAAAUUCACUCUUUGAAAGACUCACAAAGAAAUCUUUUUGGAAGUAAAAGUGUCCUAUCUCUGUCGGACGAUGUGUGUCUCAGACUCAGUUUAAUUGUGUGAAAAUUUCUAAAAGAGACCUCCGCAAUAAAAAUUGAGCACCAAAGUACCUAAAAUUGAAAAGUUAGAACGAUAGAAUUAAGUUCUAGUAUGUCUAAUCCAUUAUAGAUUAUGCCAAAGCAACUGAAAAUAAUGCAUGUGCUGCCAAAGGAGAGAGUAAAUAUUUUCCCCAGAAUUCAUUUAUCAUGGGCAUACUUUGUUGAAUACUGGAAUUCAUGCAUAUUGUGUGGAAAAAAACUCAAAAAUUCGUUGAUUCCAUGCCAUUUUCUUUAAAAAUAUUCCUGAAAUGACCGGUGCCAAGUGAAAUCGCUGACCCCUAAAUCGGGUUGUGCUUCAGACCAUUUCCAAAUUUUAAAAAUAAUAUUUUUGUAUAGAGCUUUAUUCUAAAAGAUAUUUUCUCUCUUUACUUCUAAUGACCCCCUUUUCGUUCCUUCCUUCAAAAUGUUCUUAUUUUGAAUAUUCAAAAAAUUCCCUAAAUUUUUCAAACUUUUUGUGCAAAGUGUAAAUAGUCAUGUCUGGUUAGAUAUGUAUAAAAUUAUAUUGCCCCUACUUUUUCUCUCUUUUUGGAAGAAAGGCGGCUGCUGUCUGAUCGCAGCACCAAGCUGAGAUCAGCCGUGAGAGGAAAUUUAAGAUUCAAGUCGGCGAGUUUUUAUUUUCACUGUAAAGUAUUAACUAUCUUUUCAGAAUCUUAAACUAUAUGUAGACCAAUCAUUAAAUGUAUUAACAAUGUAACUACCACUAGGUGGGUGCGCAGAAUGUUUCAGAAUUAGGGUCUGCAGCUUCCCCUAAGAAGAUCCUCUGAAUUUAAUCGAAAUGACCACAAAAAUAGUUCCUAAGACUACUACGCUAAAGAACCUCUACUUCUAGCCUCCCCCUCUCAGUCUAUUCAAAUAUUAAAGGAAUUUCCUGUGACGCCUGAAUUUUUUACGUGCGCCCUCUUGAAAAAAAAUGACUAAAUAUUUGGUUUGCGACUUGGGAAAUAUUUUAGUGCUUUGUGACGGUGUGCAUAAUAAAAGUCAGAACUAUUUCUUUUCCCACUGCUUACUGUUUUUCAAAUGUGAUUCGAGAAAACGUUUUUCUCAUCAAUAUAUCUUGCCUUGUAAAUAGCUCUUGCUUAGCUGUGAUUUUUCUCGUGUAUUAAAAUGCCGCUAUGUUAAAUUGAUAUUUAUUGUAUGUUGAAGACUCCAUCUCAAUUUUCAUGAAAGAACGUGUUGAUAUUCUAAUGAUAAACAAAGUUGUUUCAUUUUUCUCUUAUGUUGGCAGUAGGUAUGAAUUUUGACUUUGUAAGUUCAAAAAUAGUGAUCUAUAUUUCACCAAUUGUAACGAAAUGCAUUCGUAUCCCGCUGAAAACAGGAUUUGUUAACAGCCAAUCUCUGCUGAGCUGAUUUCACACAGCCGAGCAUGAAGUAGAAUAAACGCGAAAAAAAAUCUUAGAUCUUCGCAAGUAGAUUUCAUCAUUUCAUUUUUCAAUGUUAGAUCAAUUUUAAAAUAUUGGAAUAAUUUAUAAAUUUUCGAAUGGAAAUCAACACUUUAAUGUCACGAAUUACAAUAUGAAGAUUUGUUUCGUAGAAUAAUUUUUCGCAUCCGUUGCAUGUCUUAGAAAGUUUCGAUAACUGAAGGUUUUACCGCUUUAAGUAUUGAUUUCGAGAUAGAAUGCAUAUCUUAGUAGGCGUCGACAAGAGAGCAGUUCCUUUCGGAUUUUCCGGGGCUUGAAGGACUAGGCACAUAAAUGCAGUUUUUGCUAUUUCAAGAGCUAUGUGUAUGAAGUCUCAAUAUUGCACGGAUAUAGUCUUCUAGCGGGAAGAGAGCGCGAACUCACUUUUUGAUGCUCAAAAAACAUUUUAACACUUAUAUUAGUUGAAAUAAUGAAUACCUCAAAUUUUUUUCCAAAAAACUACACUUAUGCGCCUUGUCCUCAAAGUCCCGCAACUUUGCUUUGAUCAACUUCUCAAAAAAAAAAAAAAAAAAUUAGGGUUUUAAUUUCUGACGGGAGAACACCUAUCGUAAUCACGGAACUAAAAUUGCGAAUGGUUUGUUUUACUGUUGUGCCAAAAAAAAAGAGAAAAAAAGUGAGGAUACAUUAUAUCUAGCAGAUUUUUGAACUUUAAACCUAAAGGCGGAAAAACUUUUGUUUUGAUCGAAAUUUGACCACCUCUAUGACAACAAAUGUUUGUAAAACACUCCUCUAAAUGGACUAAAUUUUGCAACGAAGAACUAAUUUUUCUAGCUCAUCCUUAAUUGCACCUACCUGCACAGACAGACAAAUGCCACAUACUUUUUGUGAUAUAUUCGUCGGAGUUUGUAGUUAUUUAUUGAUCAAUUUAGUCCAAAUAGUGUUACCAAUGUCUCUUUUCUCAAUUUUUCUGCACUAUGGACCCUAUAUGAGGACUCUUCGCUUGUGCAGUCAGUAAUAUGUAAUUUUGAUGUAUAUUAACUGCUACUUGUAUGUAUUGAAAACUUUUCUGUAAAAUUUAAUUGUAAAAUAGAUGAAGAUGACCAAAUAAA